CCCAACAUGAUGAUCAUUCCGUUCAACAGCCGCCCGCUCUUCCCGGGCGCGUACCAGGCGCUCAACGUGACCGACGCGCGCGUCAUUAAAGCUGCGAAGGAGUCGUUGCGAAGAAAGAACCCGUACAUUGUGAUCACGUUGCCGAAGGACCAAGCCUUCGAAGGUGACGUCCCGGGAGAUGCCAGUGAGGUCUACGACGUCGGUGUGUUGGCGCAGAUUGUGAAUGUCUAUCCGUCGAGCAACAAGAAGGGGGAGGAGUGGCUCGUGUACUCGCAUCUGAGGGUCAAGAUGGACGAGUUUAUCGCCCCAAAGACGAUUGUCAAGGUGGACGAGUCGAAGUUUAUGGAUAAAGCACAGAUUAAGGAAGUGGCACAUAAGGAUGGUGAGGAAGCUUCUACAUCUCCUGAGUCCAAAUCAGCGCUUACCAACCAGAUCAUCCAGUCUGAAAUCGCGAUGGUGCGCUCACCUAAAACCAUCAAAACCAUCAACAUCGCGGACGAGCUUAACACGGCGCGGUACCUCCAAGACUACGGCGUGGCGAUUGGGCGGUUCCUGAAGCUCGCAAACGAGUCGUUCACGAUGGACGUAGCGAUGCAGAGCUUGCUCGACGAGACGUUCACCGUGUACAAGCACAUCUUUGAGGUGAACCCGCACGGGCUCCACCAGUCAAACUUCUCGCGCUUCAACUACGCGCAAAGCAAGAAGGGUGUGGAUCUCAACUUGCGUCCCGACCUCAUGGCGGACUUCAUCUCCGGGACGGCUUACAGCGACGGCAUCGUCGAAUCGUUACAAAAGAUCCUCGAGACAACCAACAUCGAGCAGCGCUUGGCUCUCGCUCUUGAUGUGCUACGCAUCGAGCGCGACCUCGUAUUGAAGAAGGCGAAGACGUUGCCGGAAUCAGGGCUUCCAAACGGCGGGGCUGCCACGUCGCAGGCUGAAGAGAUUGACGUCGUGGUGGAGCUCGAGAAGAGCGCCAGCAAGGUGUUCAUGCCGAAGAAAGUGCGCCGCGUAUUCGACUCGGAGUUGGCCGCGCUCCGCCGCGAGCGCGCACAGGCCAACACCUCCGGGGCUGAGAGCCGCAAGUCUUACCUCGAGUGGCUCGUGUCCAUCCCGUGGGGUCGCUACACCAAGGACGAAUACAGUAUGGCCAAAGCCGCGACGGUGCUCGAUGAGGACCACUACGGGAUGCAGGAGGUCAAGGACCGCAUCUUGGAGUUUGUGGCCAGCGCCAAGCUCCUGGGGUCACUUCUGGGCAAGAUUGUGUGCUUGCACGGGCCGCCGGGUGUGGGAAAGACGUCCAUCACGAAGGCACUCGCAAAGUCGUUGAACCGCCGCUACCACCGUAUUUCGCUUGGCGGCAUGUCUGACGCGAGCGACUUGAAGGGGCACAAGCGUACCUAUCUCGGGGCAUAUCCGGGUAAGGUGGCGUUGGCAAUGAAGGAUGUGAAAUGCCAGAACCCGGUCAUUGUGCUCGAUGAGGUGGACAAGAUGAGCAACAUGUACGGUAGCCACGGGAACCCGGUGGCGGUGUUGUUGGAGAUGUUGGACCCGGAACAGAACGCGAACUACGUGGAUACCUAUUUGGAGGUGCCAAUCGACUUGUCGCGCGUGUUGUUUGUGUGCACCGCGAACGAUAUUGGCCUCUUGCCCGCGCCGGUCAGGGACCGGAUGGAGCUUAUUGAAGUUCCAGGGUAUACCGACAGGGAAAAGUUCCGCAUUGCGAGAGACUACUUGGAGACAAAGGCGAAGAAGCAGAACGGAUUGGACGGGAGUCAUAUUUCGCUCACCGACGAGGCGGUGACCAAGUUGGUGGCCGAGUACUCCCGGGAGAGCGGCGUUAGAGGGUUGGACAAGUACUUGCAGAAGAUUUAUAGAAAGGUGGGGAUGAAGGCGUUGAAGGAGUUAAAGUUGGACGAAGUAUCUGAACCUGCCGUAGCCCCCAGCCCAGAUGCCGUUCCGGCCCAACUUGAGAACCCUGUAUCAAACCCCAAGGCAAAGCCUGAAGCCAAGGCUGAAACCUUGAUGGCUGACCCUAAGCCAGUAACGGAGGCUGUCGCCCCGGGUAGGACCUCCCGCGAGGCCCUUGAGGAGGAUGACUACGCGGAUACGUUCCCGCUUGCGGAAAUUACCGUUGAUCGCGUAACCUUCCCUGAAACCUACACCAAGGAAAUCCAAGCCUCUGAGUUGGUCGGGCUCCUUGGACCGUCCCAUCCCGACGUCCGUCUUUUUGACCAGCCGCCACCUGGCUUCACCCAAGGUCUCGCGUAUAGCUCCAUGGGCGGGGCUGUGUUGCCGCACGAGGCCGUCUUGGAACAUCCCUUGUUCUACUCGCAGUCUGGGUCCUUCUCAUCCACCGGGCUUCUCGGCGAUGUCAUGAAGGAGUCCUCGGCGAUCGCCUACUCCUUCUCGAAGAUGUACUUGAGCCGCUUCUACCCGGAGAACCGCUUCUUCGAGCGCGCGCGCAUCCACAUGCACGUGCUCGACGGUGCGAUUCCAAAGGACGGUCCGUCGGCGGGUGUCACGAUGGUGUCGUCGUUCCUCUCGCUCGCGCUCAACCGCUCCAUUAGUUCGGGCAUCGCGAUGACCGGGGAAAUGUCCUUGAGCGGACGCGUGAGACCAAUUGGGGGCUUGCGCGAAAAGACCAUGGCCGCGAAGCGCUUCGGCUGCACCACCAUCAUCUUCCCGAAGGAAAAUAUUGCCGACUGGGAGAAGGUGCCGGACUACAUCAGAGAGGGUUUCACCUUCCACGCCGUGGAGAACUACUCUGAGAUCUUCAACGUGAUCUUUCCGGGCAUGAACGCGACCGAAGGGAAUGGUGUCUGGAAGGCUGACUUUGACAAGAUCGAGGCUGAGGCCAAGAAGAAGAAGGAGUAA